AUGCCCGCUGGGUCGCCGCCGUCCAUUCGGAAAAUCAGCGAAAAGCACGACAAGGUCUUUGUCACGGGCUGUCUUGAGCCCGACACCUCGACGCCGCGAGCGAACGCCGCCUUUGUCGUCUUGGCCCGCAACAAGGAGAUUGAUGGCGUGAUUCAGUCCAUCAAGUCUGUCGAGCGCCACUUCAACCGAUGGUAUCACUACCCUUACGUCUUUCUCAACGACGCCGAGUUCGACGAUAACUUCAAGGAGACUGUGCGAAACUAUACCUCGGCGUCCGUCGAGUUUGGCAAGGUCGAGCCUGGCACUUGGGGCUUUCCCGACUGGAUCGAUGAAAAGGUCGCAAAGGAGGGCAUUGCCAAGCAGGGCGAUGCCGCCGUCAUGUACGGUGGCAUGGAGAGCUACCACUUCAUGUGUCGCUUCUACUCUGGAUUCUUCUACAACCACCCUCUUCUGCUCAAGUACGAGUGGUACUGGCGCGUCGAGCCUGAAAUCACCUACUUUUGCGACAUUACAUACGACCCAUUCCUCAAGAUGAUCGAGAACAACAAGACCUACGGCUUCACGAUUGCUGUCAAGGAGCUUCGCGAGACCGUCCCCAACAUCUUCCGCUAUGCCUCGGCGUAUAAGCGAAUGAACAACUUGACGUCACAGGGCCUGUGGGAAAUGUUCGUGGAGCCUCAGGACCCUCCCAAGGAGCAGCGCGAUGACCCCAACCCGCCGCUGCCCGAAGAGAUCCUCCAGGGAAAACCCAGCAGUCUGCCGCCCAUCGAUCCCGAGGCAAUGGAGGGAGAGAAGUACAACAUGUGUCACUUCUGGUCCAACUUCGAGAUUGCCAAGCUCAGCUGGUUCCGCAGCAAGGAGUACAACGACUUCUUUGAGAUGAUGGACCGAAGUGGCGGCUUCUGGAUGGAACGAUGGGGUGAUGCUCCCAUCCACUCUCUGGCUGCUGGUGCUCUUCUGGCUCCUCGGGAUAUACACUACUUCCGAGACUUUGGAUACCGACACACGACGAUCCAGCACUGCCCUGCCAAUGCCCCUGCGCGACAGCUUCCCCGGCCCCCUUUCCUCGAGACCACCACCCUGGACGAGAAGAAAAGAAUCGAGGAGGACGAGUACUGGGAAAGCUGGGACGAGCCCAAGGAGAACGGCGUUGGAUGCCGCUGCCGUUGUGACACGGAUAUUGUCGAUGUCGAGGGCAAGGACGGCUCCUGUCUGGCCGAGUGGGUCGAUGUCGCCGGUGGCUGGGCCUCGCCCUAA